AUGUGCAGCGCUAGCAGUGUUACGCAAAAAGUGACUCACAAUUCCUCGGUCCUGAAGAAGCGCUUCGCUAGCCAACGGCUUGAGCAGACCGCAUACCCAGUGUCUGGAUUUCACUCACAAAGUGCUCUAGCUUCAUCACAGCUAGCGCGGGCAAUUGCUUCACGCUCUGGCACACCUGCAGAGACAUACGUUGCGUAUGGUCUGACUCAGAAGCUCUUCGAGGCCUGUUCUACCCAAGCAGAAUACACUAUACCGCAGUUAAAUAAAAGAGGACAGGUUCCCAAGACUGAUGCCGGAGAGGAUCUUGGGGUUGGCGAAGGAUGGUGGUAUAAAGAAUUGGGGCUCUUGCCCACAUUUUCCACAUGGUCACAAGUCACUUUCCUGCACAUGUACCUAUUGACUGCCCGACUACGUGCUCUCCCAUCACAUGAAAGCCUUCAAACUUACUCACAACACUUGAUCGACCACUUCUCGCACAAUGCCGAGCAUCGCAUGGAUGUACUUCAUGGGUUGACCAGUCGUGCUAUCAGGAAUAAAUUUCUCAAGGACCUAUUCAUCCAGUGGCGUGGUGCAUUGGCAGCUUACGAUGAAGGCAUAAUCAAGGGGGAUGCUGUACUCGGCGCUGCUAUCUGGAGGAACUUGUGGAAGGCCGGUCACACCGCUCCUAACGGCGAUGAAAUGGAUUGGACCAAGAUUGCCCUUGUUGUCGCAUAUAUGCGACGGGUGCUGCAUGAUCUCUCUCUCGUGAAUGAGCCAGAUCUGGCACUUCAGUUAGGACGUGAAAAGGGAGGCCGGCCUGGUAUAUUCUCGUUCUCUCAGGCAGAUAAGAAGCUGGUUUACGGGAAAUGA